AUGCGGCGCUACGUGUCGAGUUUACCGCAAAUGGGCGAUGGACCGGCGAUCGGGCUGGCGAACGACGCGCGGUGCGUCGAGGCGUUACGCGACGUCUGGGAUUGCACCGAAGCCGUCGCGGAUAUGACGACGUUCGCGCGACAAAUCGAAGACUCGUUCGCUCUCGAACGCGCGCUCGAUUCAAGCCUGAGUGAAGACGAAUGGCGAUGGGCGGUGUCGUUAGUGCACUCGCGCACGUUUCGUCUCGAGGACGAGCGUGGACGGCGACCGACGCGACGCGCGCUCGUGGCCGGGGCGGAUUUAAUCAACCACUCUAGCGUCCCCGAAGACGUGAACUGCGAUUGGGUGGCGAACGACGCCGAUGUAUUCUUCAUAUCCGCCACGAAAGACGUUCGCAAGGGUGAAGAAUUUUUUCUGUCGUACGGUGAACAGUGCGAUCGGCACUUUGCGUUAUUUUACGGGUUUCUUCCGCGGCGGAACUCGUUCAACCGAGUGAAACUGUUCAACAACGGCCGCGAGGCGCUGGAUUGGUAUCGAAAGCUGUGCGGCGCCGACGCCGCGGACGAUAUCUGGAACCGAGAGAGCGAGCGCGUGGUGAAAAUGGUGUGCGACAAGUACGGAAAAUAUACGUUAGAUAAGAAAUCCGGACUUCGACGACGAGUGAUUCAAGAUUUGUAUCUCGGCGAAGGCUGCGUCGUGAGUGAUUCGAUGCUCCUUUUGUUCAACGAAAUGUGUGGCGACGAAGAGAUGGCGAUCGCGGCGAUACGAACGCGCGCGGAAGAGUUGAAGACAAAAAUGGUAAGCGCGACGGGUAAAAUAGAGACCGGUAUCGCGGUGUUAGAUGCGUACUCGCAAGGGCUCGUCCGCGAUUAUCGCUCUAGAAAAAUAGACAUUCUCGACGCCGUGAUUUGA